AUGGCCGUCCUGCAGAAGAAGUCUAUGAGCUUUUCCUUUAUGGGGCUUUUGGCUGCCAGCUGCCUGCUUCUCAUUGCCCUGUGGGCCCAGGAGGCAGUGGGACUGCCCAUCUCUUCCCACUGCAAGCUUGAUGUGUCCGAUUUCCAGCGGCCAUACUUCACCAACCGCACCUUCAGGCUGGCUGAGGAGGCCAGCCUUGCAGAUAACAACACAGAUGUCCGACUCAUUGGAGAUGAACUGUUCCAAGGAGUCAAUAGGAAUAAUCGAUGCUACCUGAUGAAGCAGGUACUCAACUUCACCCUUGCAGAAGUGCUGAUUCCCCAGUCAGACAGAUUCCAGCCCUACAUGCAGCAGGUGGUACCCUUCCUGACCAAGCUAAGCAACCAGCUCAGCCUCUGUCAAAUCAGUGGUAAUGGCCAGCGCAUCCAGAAGAAUGUACAAACCCUGAAGGAGACAGUAAAACAGCUUGGAGAGAGCGGAGAGAUCAAAGCAAUCGGGGAGCUGAACCUGCUGUUUAUGCACUUGAGGAAUUAUUGUGUCUGA